GUGAAGUGAUUGAUCUUCUUCUGGAAUUGCUACAGUUAUCCGCUGAACAGUUAAAUGAGGCAUCAUACUCACCCAUUCUCGGUCUAUAUCAUACGGCUGUGGAUGACAGUCUGUUCCUGGAAGAAACGUUGGCACAACUUGUAUGUCACUUGAAUCAAGAUAUGUGGGAUUUGGAUGUGGAAGAGACUGCAGAAGCCGGUAUUUUGGAUUUGGGUAAGUACACUUUUUGUGCAUCGUUCUGUGCACAUUUUAUCAGGGAUACAUGA